AUGUGCACACAGGAAUAUAUACCCGGUCCAUCCCCACCCGGACACUCAACUACAAAGCACACCAAUCAGCACUUCCAUCUUACAAUUACUAGUACCGGUCUUCGUACAUCGCGCCAAUCGGUAUUGGGCCAACUGACAGCUUGCACACGUGACCCGCGGUUGAGAGCUCGGUCCUUGCGCGCUCUUCGCUCCCCCAACUCAACCAUGAACGCGCUGGUCCAGUCCGCCCUGACUGAUGUCGAAUCCAAACUCAAUGCCCUCCUGACCAGUCUCACAACCUCUCCCACUGCAGCGGGUGCCCCCGCUGCCGCAGUCGCCCUGCUCGAAGCCGACGAUGCGUUGACCUCCGCCAUUGAGACCCUCCGCCAGCACCAAGAAAAUCACGCGAAGAUCCUGCGACUCCGAGAGGAAGCGCAGCAGCUGGAGGAUCGGGUCAAAGGAAUCGUGAGAGACAUCGAAGGCUUCGACAAAGAAAUCCGCACCUCCUGCGGCGACAACAGUGACAGCGAGUCGGAUUCGGAUUCCGACGAUGAGGCCCGGGACGAGAAAUUGGCUCCAAGAGGGAUCAAGGAGAUCGAUUACAAACUAUUACUGGACUUCGCUCGUCGGAUCAGCAAAUACAACCAUGAGGCUGCAGCCGAUGCUGCGACGGGCGUCGUCAAACGACAGGAACUACCUGCGACCGACAAAGAUGUGAAAAUGACAGGGACAAAUGGAGAUGCGACCGAAGCUGGCACAGAACCCGUGGCGUCUGUCACCAAAAACGCGACCCAGUGGCUGGAUGAGUCCGCCAACGUCACUCGUGAGGUUUACAUGCUACCAUAUCCGAUGGAGGAGCGGAUUAGAAUGGGCCUGAUGGGACAAAUCCAGCUUGCUGCUGGCGACGACCCCGAAAAGGAGGUGGAACGAUUGUUGCGCGAAGCCCAAGGUCAUGGAGCCGCAGAGCCACCAGCGCCAGUGGAACCAGCCGAGGAAACGAAGCAGGCAGACGAGGCUGCAAAGGCUGCAGCACAUGCUGGAUCGUCGGCUGGGAUGCCGCGGGCGCCUGCACCGUCAGCGCCGAAACCCAAGCCCAAGGCGAUGUUGGAUCUCGAUCUCUACGAUCCUGAUGACGAUGACGAUUGA